AUGCUCCGUCGACUGGAUACGCACAAAGAAGAUGCGCCGUUGACUAUAGAAGACCUUGUUGCUGAAUGUGAGAACUUCACCGCAUUGAAGAUGGACAACACAGACAUGGAAGGAUGUCCAUUUCGUGUAGAAAAAGAAUGUAAUGGAACUUGUUACGUCACCGAAAGCACGAAUCUGCUAGGACUGGAGUGGUGUAUUCAACUUCCAGCGUACAAGGAGUUGAAAGACAAAUACCACUGCCGAAUUGCGACUAAAGAAGAAGCAAACCGAGAGGAAAUCAUCGCAGACUUGAAGAAGCAAUACGCAGAAGUAUUCAAGUGCGGACUUGGCAGAUACGUCAAGACAAAAGCGAAGUUGCUGUUGAGAGACGACGCAGUACCUGUUUUCAAGAAGAAGCGACCAGUGCCCUUUGCUCCGAAUCUGGAUGCUGAAAUUGAUCGCCUGGUUGCCGAGCAAGUGAUUUUCCCAGUAGAGCAUUCAGAGUGGGCUACGCCUAUCGUUGUAGUCAAGAAGAAAAGUGGGCAAAUCUGCUUGUGCGGAGACUUCUCGACAGGAUUAAACGAUGUGCUGCAGUUGCACCAGCACCCGUUGCCCACCGCGGAGGACGUGUUUACAAAGCUGAAUGGAGGACAGCUUUUCGGGCAAAUCGACUUCGCAGAAGCAUAUCUGCAGAUCCGUUAUCUCGGAUGCAUCAUAGGUAAGGACGGACGCCAUCCUGAUCCAGAGAAGAUUGAGGUCAUCCGCCAGAUGCCAGUACCGAAGAACGUGGCAGAGUUUCGCUCUUUCCUUGGUAUGAUCAACUACUAUGGAUCGUUUGUGGAAGAGAUGCGCCAGUUACGCGCACUGUUGGAUGCUUUGUUUAAGAAGAACGUUUCGUUCAAAUGGAAUGAGGAAUCGGAGGUGUUCGUAGGGCGCCAGUUGAGGACGUCGUUGACGCAGCUGGAUAAAUCAGCUAAAGAAGAGGGAACGCGCAGUGUGAAAAAUGAAGAACAGUUCAACCGUCAUCAUGGAGCACAAAAGAGAUCGUACCACCAGGAAGAACUUGUAUGGGUGCGUGACUACCGCCCAGGACAUGAGAUAUGGAUCCCUGCUUGUGUGAAUAAACGCUAUGGACGAGCCGAGUGCGACGUGCCAAUGGAAGAGGACGAUUUGUGGAAAAGACACGCUAUCCAGAUGCGUGGAGAAGAGCACCGGAGAGUUAGCUUCGAAAAGAAUGAAGCUUCCAAAAUGCCGCUCAACCAGGAAGACCGACGGUACCAUGGUAUGACAAGGACGAUCGCCGCCGUCAAGGACAAUAUCAAGGAUCGAGCACCAACUAUCGUGCCGCCGACAACGACUAGACCAGUUCGACAACGCCGACCACCUCGUCGAUUGCAACCCGAUCCGAAGAUAAAGACAAAGAACAGGAUGCGAAACUUCAUUGUGAUCAUCCUACUGGUGACCGGACUUGUUCUUCAUGUCGGUGCCGGCGGAUACGGAAGAUAUGGUUACACAGGAUAUGGUGGUUGCGGAUCAGGUGGUUGUGGAGGCGGAGGAGGAAGCGGAGGCUGGGCAGCUGCGGCGGGAGCAUUCGCUGGAAGUCUCCUGGGAACAAUUAUAUCUGGAGGAGGCUUGGGUGGCAUAGGUGGCAUAGGUGGAGGAAUGUACCCGCCGAUGUACCCACCGUUCUAUCCGAUGUCUGCUAUGAAGAAAAAACGCGGUGCUGACGAACAUCUUUAG